AUGUCGUCUCCUCAAAUGCGCGCUGGCAACAAGCGACCUCGCACACAGUCGCUUCCUCCCCCCGCCUUGCCUCAAUUGGUCGCCGAGCAACAAUUGCCCAUUCCUUCAAGCGACAAGGACUCGCAAAGGCUGAUCGUCGUCCUCUCCAAUGCUAGUCUAGAGACCUACAAGGCAUCACAUGGCGGUGGCCGCAUGGGCGUGCAGCGAGACGACAAAUACUCGCUGCUCAACAGUGACGAGCACAUCGGUGUCAUGAGAAAGAUGAACCGCGAUAUUAGUGACGCUCGUCCAGAUAUCACCCAUCAGUGCCUGCUUACCCUCCUCGAUUCACCCAUCAACAAGGCAGGCAAGCUGCAGAUCUACAUCCACACUGCCAAAGGUGUCUUGAUAGAAGUCUCACCCACCGUUCGGAUUCCCCGAACAUUCAAGCGGUUCGCCGGUCUCAUGGUGCAGCUCCUGCAUCGACUUUCCAUUCGCUCCACUACCUCCCAAGAGAAGCUCCUGAGGGUCAUUCAGAACCCGAUCACCGAUCACCUGCCGCCCAAUUGCCGUAAGGUCACUCUUAGUUUCGAUGCCCCAUUGGUGCGCGUAAGGGAUUGGGUUGAGAGCGUCGAUUCCAACGAAAGCGUAUGUGUUUUCGUUGGUGCCAUGGCCAAGGGCACCGACAACUUUGCCGACGAGUUUGUCGACGAGAAGAUCUCCAUCAGCAACUACAGUCUGUCCGCCAGCGUGGCCUGCAGCAAAUUCUGCCACGCGGCCGAGGAUGUCUGGAAUGUCCUUUGA